AAACAGAUGGGAAAAUGUCAACAAACAAAUGAAAGCGAAUAAAAAAAUGUAAGUUCGUGAAAAUUGUCUUGAUUUUUCUGUGUUUUCGCAUUGUUGUCGGUAAAAAUUACAGAUUUUUCAAAGUUGAAUACAGCGGGUAAUUUCCGCCGUGUGCAAUGAUGGAUGACGAAUACGAUAUUUACGGGGAUUUGGACGGAUUUGAGGUGCAAACACAGAAGGAAAACAAAGUAGUAAAAGAACUUAACGCGGAAAUCGAAGAGUUAAAAGCGAAAAUCGUUGCUAAAGAAUCGGAAAAGGAAGCGAUAUCGAAGAAGAAUGAAAUUUUGCUGGAAAACAUUUCAUCGCUAUUGCUUACAGCCAAAACGGAAAUCAAGCGCAAAGAUACUCUGAUCGCUGACAUCAGACGGCAGAAGGAUGACAAUGCGUUCCGAAGAGGUUCGCGGUCUGUCCGUCGGCAUGACAAAUCGACCCAAACCGCGUCAAUCCGCAUGUUAGAUCAGGAGGCGCAGACAGAAAGUAUUGGGACGAUGACGGAUGUGAAAGCGAGUAAAGAACGUCCACGUGAUAGGGACAGAAGACAUUCACGUAGUCGCUCAAGAGAAAAUCGUCGGAAGCGCGAAAGUUCUCGGUACAGAGAAAUAAGCAAGCGGAACGAUACACGGGACAGGUUUUACGAGAUGAAGAACCGAGGAAAGAUUGAUCCUAUCAAGAACCGCCGCGAUAACAGGGCAUUAUCGCAGAAAAAUCGUGAAAGAGAGCGGGAGAGAGAUCGGAGGGCAAGGCAUCGCGAGGAACGAUCACCGAAAAUGUCUCCGGUGAAAUUUCCCAGUAUGUUGCGAAAACCCAGGAAAGAGGUUAGCAAUGCAGAUUCGAUUUCAGAAGCGAAACUGGCAGGCACAUUCAUUCCGAUGAACGAAAGAGAGCUGGAUCAUUUCGUUAAGGAGAUGUCUCGCUGUGGUAAUCGUUCUCCAGACAGAAGUACGCUCAAUGCAGUCAGUAACUCUGACAUGUGGGAUGUUCCGUUGGUAAAGCAGUCGCCAAAGAAAAUAAAACAGGAGAGCAAACCGAAUCAGGAGGACCAUAUCAUUCAAUCCGAUGAGAUUGGAACGACUGCGGUCGGGGCGAGUUUAUCUCCCGCGAAGGUGGAGGAUGUGGAGCAAAAAAUGCGCGCACUACACGGCGAUUCGACGCCAGCGCCUCCUCAAGCAACGCCAGAAUGCAUUCAAACGUCGAUCGAGUUAUUGGAAGGAUUGGAUAAGAGUUCUGGUGCAGUGGAUGCCUUGCAGCCGGCAGCUCUGCUGAUUCCCCCUGAGGAACCGCUGAUCUUCGAAAAGGUCCCGGAGCUACCCUCCGAAGACGACCAGCGGCUAAACGAUAGCCGUGAAUUGCGUAUCGUUGAAUCGGAAGAUGCGGCAGCGGAUCUGGACGAUGACUGCAAUUCGGUAGAGACUGUAAUUGAGAUGAAGCAGCAAGAGGAUUACCAAGAUCUCGAGGAUGGCGAGCUUGUAUCAUCCGAUGAAUCACAGCCAUGCGGCAAUACUUCAAAGAGAUCACAACUGGCUGUUCCAGAACAAGUGCAACAAAAGUUGAUAACCCCAAAAAAAGAAACCUCCGAAAAGAUUAAAAAACGCCGUAAUAGUGAAGCAAAAAUAUUACUGACUAAGCUACCGGUGUCUGUUGUUCAUAACCAUUCGCGAAGCGGCCACAAUCGGAAGGAGUCGGACAGACGGCAAACCUCAAACCCGGAAGCCAAAGACAAAUCAAAAUAUGAUUGUCUGCAGGAAAAGUUUACCAAAACAUCUACGCCCAGUCGGCGCAGAUCGCUGAGAUCCGAUGCCGUCGAGAAGAAAAUAACAAAGUCGAGAUUAUCGGAGCCGAUUCAGCAGAGGGAAAAAACAAUAGAUGAGAGUACGCACGUUAAAUCAAAAAAGCAGGCAAUGAAAGAUCUUUUUGGAUCGGACGAUGAGAGCUCAUUGUUAGAACCACCUCCAGAGUGUGUCCCAAGAAAGCGGCGAGAUUCUAGAAACGAAACUUCUGUGGAUCGCAAGAACUCGGACGAUGCUAAAUCGGUGUUGGAAUCGCUACCAGUAACAGUUAAAGGAAAGCGGCGCCAUUCUAAAAACGCAGUUGAGUCGGCGGAUAGCAAGAAACUGAAAACAGACUCUGAAGAAAAGACAGCUGACAAGGAGAGAGCUUUCCAAAACAUUGGCAGUUCUAAACAUAUCAAAAACGUGGUCUGUGACAAAGUUGAUGCAUAUACGAAGGAUGCAGUAAUUGAUUCCAAACCGAUAGAACCCACAUUACAACAACCGCCUCAAGAGACUGAGACUCUCACAAAUUUUGCACAAACGGAACAAUUGAUUAAUGAAACAAAAACAUGCGCAGGAAAGUAUGCUGAACCGGAAAAUGAGGUUGCUUUGGUAUCGCCACUCGAAUUGAUUCUUCCUGAAAUGAUACCUGAGGGUAUGAAAUCACAAGGAAACAGCUCGCACAUUGAACAAUCUUCUAUUGAGGCCUCUGUGUCAUCCUUCGAGACUGAGAUUAAAUCACCAUCGGAAAGCAUAACUAAAAAUGAGAAAACAGAAUGUCAAUUGACACGAGAUACUUCUUUGGAUGAAUCGCACCUGCAGAUCCAAUCCAACGUGCAGUCUAACGAAGAUCAAACCCACACGAAUUUGGUCCAGGCAAAGCCAGAAUCUGACAAAUCAGAAGUUUCAUCGGAGGGCUCCGCUACACCUAUUGAAAACGAGAAGGUCCCUGAGACAGUCCACCAAGCGGACCAUGAAGCUUGUGGACAAACCCAACUUUUGAUUGCUCCUAAUCCAGAUCCUCCAGAAACAGCACUUCUACCAGUCCCAGAAACUCCACCGAUCACACCGGCGGACCCACCUGAGUCCCAACAAAAUGUAUCAUCGAAGGUUGUGAUCGUUUUUUCCAACAAGUACAGCGAAUUCCGAAUAGAGGACAACAGCGAGUUGGAGACCACCAUCUACGUAACUCGCAAAAAGAAGAAGGGAAAAGCAAAGUCUGGUAACGUGAGUUUGAACGUCAGUGGUUGAGCAUUUUAUUUUGUACCUUGUUUUAUUGUUUUGUAAUUGGUUGCAAAUGUAAUUCUUAAAUAUAUGCGCGAUUAAAACCAUCAAUCAAAAAUCACCAUA